CUCUGAACAAGGAAGUGGGAGAAAGAGACAGAAAUAUAUAGAGAGACGCUGUUUUCUACUUUCUAAGCCAGAAUUGACCAUUUAACAUGUGGAAAGUGUUCUGUUUGUCUGUCAUUACAGUCCGGCUACUGGAUAUUGGUUGUGCUGUAAAGCACACAGAAAUAAAUGGAUAUGAGGAGGAAAACUUAGUUUUCUAUGUCAAAUACCGGUCGGGCUAUGAAGAAAACAUCAAGUACUUCAGCAGGUCCGAUGGCUUCUUUGAAAAGAAACUGGUUCAGACUGCUCAACCAAACAGUUGGAGUCAACAUGGGCGAUACGCUCUAUUUGACAACACUACUUCUCGCUGGGUUACCAUCGUCAUUUUUAGAUUGGGCGCAGAGGAUUCUGGACUGUACUACUGUGGUGCGGAUGUUACACUGGAAGUUGAUCCUAUGGUUGAAAUCCAAAUAACAGUCAAGAAAGGUGAACCCCGGAGACCAACAACAGAACCAAGAGUGUUAAUUAACGGAGAUGAUGUUAUUACGAACCCCGCAAAUAUCGCUACACAGAACUGGCCCAAGAAAAGAGAUCAGGAAUCUUACAUCAGGCUUGUGACAGUGCUAAGUGUGGUGUUUGUGUGCACACUUGUGUGUGUGUGUCCGUUCGUUCUGUUCAAAGUCUUAAAACAGGUCAACACCUGCAAGCUGUCAGUUUCGGCAUCUUAUCACACCAGAAAUAUGUCAAACCAACUGGGGGAUGAAUAUGUGAAAAUGAGCCCAAUUGUCCUUCCAAACUCAUCUACAGCUCAAAGUGAUAGAGCUUCCACCGCAAAGGAACUUCACAGAACUACAGACAUGGAAGCAGCCCCUGAUACAGAUACUAACUACAUAGAUGUGGAUCCGGUACUAUCAGGCAGUCUGGAUGUAGAUCCAUUAUACUCAGAAAUGGAUGUUGAUUCUGUUCAAGAGUCGGUCUAUCAGAGUAUUAAUCAAACUGAUGACUGAUCUCAGAAUCCUCAUCAACAGUCAAUCAAAAUUUCUGAAAUGUUGAUUGCAUGUAUUUGGAGAACAAUCAAUGAA